UUCAAACAUGCAAACCACUGCUAUAGUUGAUACUCAUCUUAAUUGAGUCUAAAUGGAGCAACAUGUAACAAGUUUCUAGAUGUUUUGAAAUCAAUGCUUUCUGCCAUGUUAUAUAACGGUAUUGUUAUUCAUUUACUGUUGGAUUAAGAUCACUUCCGAAGACAUGUUAAGUAAAAUCAUGAGGUUUGUUUUAGAGAUUUUGUAUGUAUUUUAAGAGCUUGAAAAGUUGGGCACAGCUUUUUUCUGUUGCAUUUCUGUACCAGUUUCUACUUUUUGAGGUCUUUGUAGUUUUUCCCAUACAGAUCCUGCUAUUCUGCAUAUUCUAAUACCUAAUUAUGUUGUUGUUUUUUUACCACUAGGGCAACUGAAAAUAAGAAACAGUCACUUAAACAUCAGAUGGAGUCUUCAGUGACCCCUUUGGAAAGAAACAAGAUUCCAAGAUGUCUGAGAAGAAAAUGUCAUCGAGUCGCAAGCAUCAUCUGAAGAGCGUGAUGCUCCAGAUUGCUAAGGACUUGCUGGAGGCAGAGGCCAUAGAGGCAGUGGAAGAGAAAAAAAGGUACAUGGAUGAGAGCUGCCCCGCAUUGGACCUGCCUGGGUCAUUGGUGGAACUGCAGGAAAUGUGCAAGACAAUCCAUCACCAGCUUGAUAAAGUGGACGAGGAGAGAUACGACCUGGCAGGCAAAGUGGGCAAGUGUGACAAAGAGAUUGAUGAUUUGAGGAUUAAAGUGGUUGAGAUCCAGGGCAUUAAGAAGCCAGCUCUGAAGAAAGUGCGUAUGUCUGCUGAUGCUAUGCUCCAGGCUCUGCUGGGCUCCAAGCACAAGGUGACCAUGGAUCUGAGAUCCAAUCUGAAACAAGUGAAGAAGGAAGUCAAAGAGGAUGACAAAGAUACAGUUGGUGACUGGCGUAAGAACAUUGACGACAAGGCCGGCAUGGACGGCAGGAAGAAGAUGUUUGAGGCCGCAUAAACGCUAUGGCAAGACCAUUUCCCCCUGCUUUUCUCUGCGUCUUCAUUAAAUCAGUUGGUAGCCAUGGCCGUCUUUUGUGUUGGAUAUAUAAGGUGGUAUUGUGGUUAAGUCCCAGGUGGAUUUGUAUGACCUUGUUAUCGAUUUCACUGCUUCCUUUUUGUCUGUAUACCCCAGACCCAGGUAAUCACCUCACAGCAACUUGAACACAUUUUUAAAGGCACUUAUUGUAUAUGAAAUAAAUAUUUCAACACUUACAACUGGAAUAGCAGUUUUAUUUUGCUUGCACGUCUUCAUAAUGUGUGAGAUUAAAAAACAAAAACUACUUAUGCAGUAGUCUACUUGACUUGGGUAGGAUUAGUAUACUAUUCAAUGUUAUUCAAUAGAAGAUAAUGGGCAUGAAAAGCUAGGUGUAAAAAACAAACGGAAUAACUAAAGGACUGUAAACCUAGGACUUGAUUUAUUGGAACAGAUCACACACACCAAAAGGCAUAUUCUCUGUGCAUGUACUCUUUUGCUCUCAUGUUAUAAAUAUUAAUUUUGUGAAUGAAUCAUUGCAUAACUUUUUAAAUAGUAUAACAAUAAACUAUUUAUAUAUAUUAACCAAAACCACAAGAUGUCAGUGGAACACCUGUUCUCCUUGCCUCCCCUCUGCCCCUGUCUCUCUCUCUCUCUGUGUCAAUCUGCUGACCUAGUGAACUUGAGGUAAUUACGACUCCUAUAACUGGUAUGGUAUAUUUUUAUUGUGCGAGCAUGUUGUGCAUUAAAACUGAUAGAAACAUAUUUAAGCUAGGAUUUAAUCAAUUGUUGAUGUUUUAUCUGUACUGACACUAAACUACAACACUCAUUUGAUAGAAGUAAUGAAGAAUGAACAUAGACUAACAUGUUAUAACACAUUUUAUGAAUGUCUUAAUUCAUUAUUUGCAAUCUAUCAUUUGUAAACAUUUAUAAACUUUUAUAAGCAGAAAUAGCAUUACAGUUCAUAAGCAAUUAUAACAUGAAUGAUCAUAUAGGCCUAUACAGUUUUGUAAGCAUUCGUAAUGGCUUAUUCAUGAGAGUUAUUUUAAAGGGGCAAUCUUGGAAUCCUAAAUGAAUGAUAUAUACCCAUUGACUCUUGAAGAAUAAUACUUAUAAAUGCCUCAUGAGCUUAGUUCAAGUGUCGUGCCCCAUCAGAACCCAAAAUAUAAGCUUGCUUUACUCCAAUGUUUGUAAACAAAUUACAUUUAAUACAUGCUAUAAAGCUUAAUAAAGAGUUACAAUUUAGGAUUGUUAGUAUUUCUCACGCAAAAAUCAGCAUGCAUGUGUUGACCAGGGUAGUUGAGUAUUCAUGGUGACAAACGUAUGUUUUGUUGUGUCUUGUGAAACAUUAGGUUGGUGCUGUAUCUUGUGACAUCUCCGAUGCAGUGAGAGCGGGACAGUGGAGGACUAGCAUGGAUAUGAUGCCCUCUACUGCCCCACCAUAGCUCACACAACUGCAGGAAAAAGAUGACAUCGAGUCGCAGUGGUCAUCUGAUGAGCUUGAUGCUUUUGAUUGCCCAUGACCUGCUGGAGGAAGAAGCAGUAAAGGAAAAGGCUGCUUAUAUAGAAGAUAACUGCUCUGCUCCCGGAUAUGCCUGGGGGUCUUCUUGAGCUGCAGGUAUCGUACCACUCUGACCAAUUUAUUCUCAUUUGAUCUGCUUUGAAUACCUGACAUGUGAAAUCACCCAUACAGCCAUACAAAAUCCUAACUUAAUUAUCUUCUGUGCUACAUAUUGAUUUUGCAGUAUGUGUUAAAGCUUAUUUUGGAUGGAUUUGAUUUGCAUGGAAACUAAAUGAAUUGAAGGAAAUGAAUCAAUCUUAAACUUCCUCCUUGGAAUCUGUGCAAAAAGCUGAAUCCGACCAUUGAGAGACACACUGUGUAGACACUGGUGCCACAUUGCUUAAAAAGUUGGCCCAGACCAUCAACGAGUUUGAUGAGGACAAUAUAUACACUGCUCAAAAAAAUAAAGGGAACACUUAAACAACACAAUGUAACUCCAAGUCAAUCACACUUCUGUGAAAUCAAACUGUCCACUUAGGAAGCAACACUGAUUGACAAUAACAUUCACAUGCUGUUGUGCAAAUGGAAUAGACAACAGGUGGAAAUUAUAGGCAUUUAGCAAGACACCCCCAAUAAAGGAGUGGUUCUGCAGGUGGGGACCACAGACCACUUUUCAGUUCCUAUGCUUCCUGGCUGAUGUUUUGGUCACUUUUGAAUGCUGGCGGUGCUUUCACUCUAGUGGUAGCAUGAGACGGAGUCUACAACCCACACAAGUGGCUCAGGUAGUGCAGCUCAUCCAGGAUGGCACAUCAAUGCGAGCUGUGGCAAGGUUUGCUGUGUCUGUCAGCGUAGUGUCCAGAGCAUGGAGGCGCUACCAGGAGACAGGCCAGUACAUCAGGAGACGUGGAGGAGGCCGUAGGAGGGCAACAACCCAGCAGCAGGACCGCUACCUCCGCCUUUGUGCAAGGAGGAGCAGGAGGAGCACUGCCAGAGCCCUGCAAAAGGACCUCCAGCAGGCCACAAAUGUGCAUGUGUCUGCUCAAACGGUCAGGAACAGACUUCAUGAGGGUGGUAAUGAGGGCCCGACGUCCACAGGUGGGGAUUGUGCUUACGUGCAGGACGUGCAGGACUUUUGGCAUUUGCCAGAGAACACCAAGAUUGGCAAAUUCGCCACUGGCGCCCUGUGCUCUUCAAAGAUGAAAGCAGGUUCACACUGAGCACAUGUGACAGAGUCUGGAGACAACUUGGAGAACGUUCUGCUGCCUGCAACAUCCUCCAGCAUGACCGGUUUGGCGGUGGUUCAGUCAUGGUGUGCGGUGGCAUUUCUUUGGGUGGCCGCACAGCCCUCCAUGUGCUCGCCAGAGGUAGCCUGACUGCCAUUAGGUACCGAGAUGAGAUCCUCAGACCCCUUGUGAGGCCAUAUGCUGGUGCGGUUGGCCCUGGGUUCCUCCUAAUGCAAGACAAUGCUAGACCUCAUGUGGCUGGAGUGUGUCAGCAGUUCCUGCAAGAGGAAUGCAUUGAUGCUAUGGACUGGCCCGCCCAUUCCCCAGACCUGAAUCCAAUUGAGCAUAUCUGGGACAUCAUGUCUCGCUCCAUCCACCAACGCCACAUUGCACCACAGACUGUCCAGGAGUUGGCAGAUGAUUUAGUCCAGGUCUGGGAGGAGAUCCCUCAGGAGACCAUCUGCCACCUCAUCAGGAGCAUGCCCAUGCAUUGUAGGGAAGUCAUACAGGCACGUGGAGGCCACACACACUACUGAGCCUCAUUUUGACUUGUUUUAAGGACAUUACAUCAAAGUUGGAUCAGGCUGUAGUGUGGUUUUCCACUUUAAUUUUGUGACUCCAAAUCCAGACCUCCAUGGGAUGAUACAUUUCAUUUCCAUUGAUCAUUUUUGUGUGAUUUUGUUGUCAGCACAUUCAACUAUGUAAAGAAAAAUAAUAUUAAUUCAGAUCCAGGAUGUGUUAUUUUAGUGUUUCCUUUAUUUUUUGAGCAGUGUAUAUAUAUUUAACAUUUAUUUAACCAGGCAAGUCAACACAUUUUUUAUUUGCAACGAUGGCCUACCAUGAGGCAAAAAGGCCUCCUGCAUGGACAGGGGCUCGGAUUCCAAAUAAAAAUGUAGGACAAAACAUACAUCAUGACAAGAGAGACACCACAACACCAAAUAAACGGAGACCUAAUACUACAACACAGCAUGGUAACAACACAACAUGACAACAACACGGUAGCAACACAACAUGACAGCAGUGCAACAUGGUAGCAGCACAAACAUGAUACAAACAUUAUUGGGCAGACAACAGCACAAAGGGCGAAAAGGUAGAGACAACAAUACAUUACGAGAAGCAGCCACACGUGUCAGUAAGACUGUCCAGUUUGAGUGGGGUUUUUUGCAGCUCACUCCAGUCGCUUGCUACAGCGGACUGAAAAAAGGAGUGACCCAGGGAGGUGUGUGUUUUGGAGACGUUUAACAGAAUGUGACUGGCAGAAAGGGUGUUGUAUGUGCAGGAUGAGGGCUGCAUUAGGUAUGUCAGAUAGGGGGUAGUGAGACCUUAGAGGGUUUUAUAGAUAAGCAUCAACCAGUGGGUCUUGCGUUGGUUAUACAGAGAUUACCAGUUUACAGAGGAGUAUACUGUAGAGUGCUGUGAUGUGUCGUAUAAGGAGCAUUGGUGGCAAAUCUGAUGGCGAAUGGUAAAGAACAUCUAGCUGCUCGAAAGCACCCUUUCCUGACGAUCUAAAAAUUGCAUCUCCAUAAUCUAGCAUGGGUAGGAUGGUCAUCUGAAUCAGGGUUCAUUUGGCAGCUGGGUUGAAAGAGGAGUGAUUACGAUAGAGGAAAACAAGUCUAGAUUGAACCUUAGCCGGCAGAUUGGAUAUUUGUUGAGAGCAGGACAGUGUACUGUCUAGCCACACUCCCACGUAUUCGUAUGAGGUGACUACCUCAAGAUUUAAACCCUCAGAGUGAAUAAUCACAAUGGUGGGUAGAGGGUAAUUCUUCUUACUGAACCACAUGACCUUUGUUUGUGGGUGUUCAAAAUAAUGUUAAGGACAGAGAAAAACAACUGAACACUACGAAUGCUUUGUUGUAGAACCUUUAACAAAAAAUCCGGGAAUGGGCCAGCUGAGUAUAAGACUGUAUCAUCUGCAUAUAAAUGGAAAGGAGAGCUUCCUUACACCCAGAUGUUUUCUUGGGGUCAAGAUUAAGGAAAGCCUUUAGCACCUCGGACUCUGUGACCGACUGCAGGGAGAAACUGUGUACCAGGGCAGGGGAAAAAGAGGGAGGAGCAUUGGGGCUAGUUGCAUUAGAAGGGCUGAGAAAUUAGGAAAUUUUGGACGGGCAAGGAGGCAUGGCUGAGUCAAAUAGGAAUCCUGACUUAAUGAAGUGGUGAUUAAAGAGCUCAGGCAUGCACUCCUUGUCAGUAACAACCACAUCAUCAACAUUAAGGGACACGGGUGAGGAGGAGGGUGUGUUUUCCAGGUCUUUCACCGUUUUCCAGAACUUCUUGGAUUAGACCCACAGGGAGAGAACUGCUCCUUAAAGUAACUAACUUUGGCCUUCCAGAUCGCCUGAGUGCAAUUAUUUAUAAUUUUUCUGAACGACAGCCAGUCAGCCUGACUAUUUGUGUGCCGAGCCUUUUGUCAAAUGGUGUUCUUGAGGUGGAAAACCUCUGCCAGAUCACGGUCGCACCAGGGGCUGAAUCAUUUUUUAAUUCAAAUUUUCUUUAUGGGGAGUGUUCUAGCUUCUGGGCCUGAGUAACAGGCACUUUACUUUGGGCACGUCAUUCAUCCGAACUUCCGAACACUGCCCCCUAGGCCUAAGAGGUUUAACAAAUAUUAAAAAAGAAGGUCCAAGCGUCUUCGACAGAGGGGAUCAAGCUGAUUCUAUACCAAUUUAAAGAGGCCAGGUCAUGAAGGAAGGCUUGAUCAUUAAAGUUUUUUAGCAAUGACAAAUCAGGACAGGUUGUUUAACUGAGAAACCAUUACGAACACAGGCUGUAAAACAGUGGUCACUCAGGUCAUUGCAGAAAACACCAAACUAAUAUCAGGAUUAUUUGUAAGGAUAACAUCAAGAAGAGUAGACUUUUCUGGGUGUUUGGAGUCAUACAAUGGGAUUGGUAAUACUCUGAGAAAGAUUUAGGGAGUCCUAUUGCUUUAGGACUUAUUCAGUUGGUUUAACCAUGUCCCAGUUUAGGUCACCUAGCAGGACAAACUCAGACUUCAUGUUAGAGGAGAAGAGAGAGCUUAGGGCAGGUAGCGUAUAGGCCGGUGCUGAUGGUGGAAGAUAACAUCCAGCAAGAGUCAACAAAGAGCUAUUUGAAUGCUUAAUUAUUCAUGCUUAAAACCAGCUAAUCAAAUUGUUUGGGUGACAGACUUGGUGACAGAGCACUCAAGGUGUUCCUUGGUAAAGAUGGCCACUUCACCAACUUUGGAAGAUCUGUCGAACAAGGUUAUAAUCAAAAAGUUUAAUAUCAGAGCUCAAAACACUCUUUCUUAACCACGUCUCAGUAAUGACCAACACAUCUGGAUUGUAGCUGUGAACCCACAUUUUCAAUUGAUACAUUUUAAGACCGGUAUGACACAGAGGCAAAAGUGAAUAAGGCAGACAAAGAGGUACAGUAGAUUGUAUUCCAUAAUGUCCUCACUCUGGAAACAAAUACCGCCGGUCUUGACAAUAUCUAAGAUUUGACUGAGUUACAGUUUGUAUAAAGAAAUCAGUCAAUUGAAAUAAAUUAGUGGGACAACUGACAAAAAGAUAAGUUUUGCGAGUCAGAAGGUGAAGGGUUCUUCUACAUAGAAUAGUGUCGGAAAUCCCAGGACAUAGUGUCUAUAAUAAUGCAAUAAGCUCGAAUAGUUGCUAUCACAAACUCCAAACCCAGCACAAGUGUCACUGACUAGUUGAAUAUUAAUUUCCCACUGAGAAAACCAUUUAUGUACUUAUAUUUAUGUACAUAUAAAAUCAUUUGGC